AAUUUUACGACUAUGGAUUUGGUAUCAUUGGUGAAUGAGUAUGAUUGUCUUCAUACUAUCUUAGAUAACCAUGCACCGAUUAAAUCCCGGGAAAUUACAUUGCGCCCUAAGGCACCCUGGUAUACUAACGAAAUCAAUGAUAAAAAACGAAUUCGGAGACAACUUGAGAGAAAAUGGCAUAAAACAAAGACGAAUGCUGAUUGGAAUCGCUAUAAACAACAAUGUUAUGCUGUAAAUAAACUUAUCGACUCCUCAAAAUCGGCUUACUAUACCGACUUAAUUAAUAAUGGAUCAUCUGAUCAAAAAACCCUUUUCAAGACUGUAAGCAAUUUGCUGCAUACAAAUACGAUUAUUCGCUAUCCAUCUUCUCCUGACCCAAUGUCACUUGCCAACUCAUUUAGUGAUUUUUUCACUCAGAAAAUUGUUAAAAUACGAGGUGAUAUCGAAGAUGAACUCUUGAGUAAAAACAUAGAAAAUCCUAUACCUGAUGCUGAUUCAUGUCCUUAUGAAUUUCACACCUUCAGGGAGGUUGGAAAAGACGAAGUGCUCCAUUUAAUCCAACGUAUCGCAACUAAAUCCUGUUCUCUGGAUCCACUCCCGGUGGUCAUGCUAAAUCACUGUUUUAAAGACAUCUUACCCGUUGUAGUUAGAAUAAUCAACCUCUCCUUGGAAAGUGGUACAAUGCCUGACUCUUUGAAGAUUGCUGUUGUUCAACCGCUAUUAAAAAAGUACAAUCUUUCCUAUGAAGAAUUCUGCAGUUUUCGUCCAAUAUCAAAUCUGAAAUUUGUCUCGAAAUCUAUUGAGAAAGCAGUUGCUGUACAAUUAACUGAUUAUCUUACUGAAAAUCAUCUACAUGAGAAAUUCCAGUCUGCUUAUAAACCUUGUCAUAGUACUGAAACAGCGCUAUUGAGGGUUCAAAAUGAUAUCCUUCAAGCUCUAGAUAACGGUGAUUCUGUUAUUCUUGUCCUACUGGAUCUGUCGGCGGCUUUUGACACCGUGGAUCAUUUAAUGUUAUUAACAAGACUAUCGAAACGCUUUGGCAUAAGGGGUCGUGUGUUGGAUUGGCUUACCUCAUACCUUACAUCCAGGAAACUGUUUAUUCGUGUUGAGGGAACUGAUUCGUUAUUGAGUGAUCUUGAUUGUGGUGUACCUCAGGGAUCUGUGUUGGGUCCUCUGUUGUAUUCACUCUAUACUGCCCCUCUCGCGGAUGUGGCUAGGCGCCACAAUCUGCGCUUUCACUUUUUUUCUGAUGAUGGGCAACUUUACAUUGCAUUCAAAACGAAUGAUCGUGAUGAUUUAAUAUCAUCUAAGAUCCGUAUGGAGAAAU